AUGGCUCCGCCUUCGGUGGGUCGCUCCUCCCUUACCCAGCAUGUUGUGCUGCUUCUGCAGUGCAUUCUAGUCCUGCAGGCUGGCGGCGUGGUCUGCAGGAAAGGGCCGGUGCUGCUGCCUGAGUCACCCUGUCACCGGGCUGAACACCCCCUUAUCUCACACACAGAUAUGGAGCCGUGGAUCCACAGGUUCCGGGCUGAGGGCACGGUGGAUUACUCUCAGCUAACCUUUGACCCCAGCCAGAAUGAACUGAUAGUCGGAGCCAGAAACCACCUGUUCAGACUCAAUCUGGAGGACCUCUCGCUGAUUCAGGAGGCGGAAUGGCACUGUGAUGAGUUCACUAAGGGAGCCUGCUUCAGCCGGGGGAAGUCAGAGGAGGAAUGUCAGAACUACAUCAGAGUUUUGCUGGUGAAUGGAGACAGACUGUUUACCUGCGGAACCAACGCUUUCACACCAAUCUGCACCAACCGCACUCUGACCAACCUGACAGAGAUCCAUGACCAGAUCAGUGGGAUGGCCCGUUGUCCCUACAACCCUCUCCAUAACUCCACAGCCUUGAUCACCUCCAGCGGGGAUCUCUAUGCUGCCACCGCCAUGGACUUCUCUGGCAGAGACCCAGCUAUCUACCGCAGUCUGGGGGGGCUGCCGCCUCUACGCACCGCACAGUACAACUCCAAAUGGCUGAAUGAGCCUAACUUUGUCUCCUCCUACGACAUCGGGAACUUCACCUACUUCUUCUUCCGGGAGAACGCGUUGGAACACGACUGCGGUCGGACCGUGUUCUCACGUGCUGCUCGGGUCUGUAAGAACGACAUUGGAGGACGCUUCCUAUUGGAGGACACCUGGACCACGUUCAUGAAGGCACGGUUGAACUGCUCUCGACCAGGGGAGAUACCGUUCAACUAUAAUGAACUACAGGGGACGUUCUACCUGCCAGAGUUAGACCUGCUCUAUGGGAUCUUCACUACUAACGUGAAUAGCAUAGCAGCGUCUGCGGUGUGUGCCUUCAACCUCAGUGCCAUCACCCGUGUGUUCGGUGGCCCAUUCAAGUACCAGGAGAACUCUCGCUCCGCCUGGCUACCUUACCCCAACCCUAACCCUGACUUCCAGUGUGGUACCAUCGACUAUGGUUCCUAUUUGAACCUGACAGAGAGGAACCUGCAGGAUGCCCAGAAGUUCCUGCUGAUGAACGAGGUGAUCCAGCCGGUCCAGCCUGUCCCUUACUUCAUGGAGGACAACGUUCGCUUCUCCCACGUAGCUGUGGACGUGGUGCAGGGCAAAGACAUGCUGUUCCACAUCAUCUACCUGGCUACAGACUAUGGCACCAUCCGUAAGGUCCUGUCUCCUCUGAACCAGUCCAUGGGCAGCUGUCUAUUGGAUGAGAUUGAGUUGUUUCCGCCCAGAAGGAGACAGCCAAUCAGAAGCCUCCUGAUCCUGCACAGCAGCAGUGAUUUGUAUGUCGGCGUCAGGGACCAAGUCAUCAAGAUACCACUGAUGAGAUGCGACUUUCACAAGACCAGAGAGGGGUGUGUGGGGGCGAGGGACCCCUACUGUGGCUGGGACCUGGUGUUAAGGAAGUGUACCACCCUGGAGGAGAGCGUCAGCAUGAGCCAAUGGGAACAGAGCAUCACUAAAUGCCCUGUGCGUAACGUGACGUUGGAUGGAGGGUUUGGGCCAUGGACAGGCUGGGGGGCCUGUAGCCAUACUGAUGGGGGCAGUGCUGGUUCCUGUCUGUGUAGAACCAGGCCUUGUGAUAAUCCCAAACCCCAGUGUGGGGGUCAGUCCUGUCACGGACUCAGCGUUGAGGUCGCCAACUGCUCCAGGAAUGGUGUGUGGAGCCCCUGGAGUCUGUGGAUCCCCUGUAGCACCAGCUGUGGCAUUGGCUUCCAGGUCCGACAGAGGUCCUGCAGCAACCCCACCCCGCGCCACGCAGGACGAGUGUGUGUGGGGCAGAACAGAGAGGAAAGGUAUUGCAACGAGCACCUGCCCUGCCCACCUCAUGUCUAUUGGUCGGCAUGGUCAGCAUGGGAACGCUGCACGGUGCCCUGCGGAGGCGGCAUCCAAUCACGCCGCAGGACCUGCGAGAACGGUAACGAGUGCCCCGGGUGCGCUCAGGAGUACCAGUCGUGUAACACCCAGCCCUGUCCUGACCUGAAGAAGACCACCCCCUGGACCCCCUGGACGCCGGUCAACAUCUCGGACAACGGCGGUCACUACGAGCAGCGGUUCCGGUACACCUGUAAGGCCCGUGUCCCUGAACCUGCUCUGCUGGAGGUGGGCCGGCAGAGAAUAGAGAUGAGGUACUGCUCCAGGGACGGUUCCACUGGAUGCUCUACUGACAGAGAUCUGCUGCGGUCGGGUAAGAUCUCCGGCCACACUGUGAACAGAGACUGGACAUCCUGGAGCUCCUGGUCUCAGUGCAGUAGGGACUGCAGCCGAGGGAUACGUAGCCGUAAACGGUUCUGUGACUCCCCUGAACCACCCCAUGGAGGACAGACCUGCCUGGGACCUGCUCAGGAGUACCAGGAGUGUAACAUCACACCCUGCCCAGUGGAUGGUAGCUGGUCGUGCUGGUCUGGCUGGUCUAUGUGUUCAGUGACGUGUGGAGGGGGACACUAUACGAGGACGCGCACCUGCAACAACCCCCCACCAGCCUACGGAGGAGAUAUCUGUCUGGGACUACACACUGAAGAGGCUCUCUGUAACAUACAAUCAUGUCCAGAGAGUUGGUCUAACUGGUCCCUAUGGUGCCAGUGUGACAGUUCUGGCUCCCAGCUGCGUGUUCGACACUGUAAUGUCCUGUUCCCUACUGGAAACCAAUGUUCCGGAAAUCACACUGAGACCAGGGCCUGCCCACCUGACUCCAACUUUAUACCGGAAGUCUCCAUCGCUCGUUCCAGUCAGGAGGAGAGAAGAUGCGGAGAUUUCAACGUGUUCCAUAUGAUCGCUGUAGGCCUGAGUAGUUCUAUCCUGGGGUGUUUGGUCACCUUACUGGUGUACACCUACUGCCAGCGCUAUCAGCAGCAGUCUCACGAUGCUACAGUCAUCCACCCCAUCUCAGCAUCACCACUCAACACCUCCAUCACCAACCACAUCAACAAACUGGACAAAUACGACUCGGUGGAUGCCAUUAAGGCUUUCAAUAAGAACAACCUGAUUCUGGAGGAAAGAAAUAAGUACUUCAACCCCCAGCUAGCCGGGAAGACAUACACCAAUUCAUACUUCACUGACCUCAACACUUACGAUGACUAUUAACCCUUUGUUGGGCUACAGCACCGGGGAUACACACCCUUGUGCAGACAACAAACCCACACCACUCGUUAUGACAAUGUCCUAUAUUUUUCCACUUCGUAAUGAAAUCUAUGACAUUUUAUGUGGGACCCUUCCUCUCUGGGACCCAUUGGCAGCUGCCAUCCAAUCAAAUUAC